ACGACCUCCCUUCUACUGUACACCUCCCGCUGCUGCUACUGUACUCCACCUGCUUUCAUUCCCGGGCUUACCUCAUUUCUCUUCUUUUGCGCCCCGCUGAUAGUUUUGCGGGACUUUUAUUUCUUUUUCUCCGCUUUCUGAUCAGCAGAUUAAAGUGGGUGAUGAUGAAUGUCUGCAGGUGAUGGUGAUUCAGUGGAGACUGAAGUUUUUCAGGCUUUUUCCUGCAUGCAGAAACACUGAGCGUGAGUUGCAGUUUUAAAGAAGAACCGAGGCUCCCCGCUGCGCUUCUCCUCAUUUAUUCAUUUUUGAAACUAAACGCUCCUGAAUGCAGACUCGAUAACGGAGCGUUUCAGUCUCACGUCCUUCCUUUCCUCCGUCCAGCAGCAGCAGCGCGGCUGUGCGUAAAAGCCAACCCUCUCCACGGCGCACCGUCAGACGGCUCCCUGGCACUGAAACCACUUUGACUCGCUUUUGGCUUCUUUAACCCGCCGUCAUGGAUGUGUUUAGGAGCCGGCUGUUGGGGAUUUCCGUGGCCGUUGCUCACGGCGUGUUCUCCGGCUCCCUGAACAUCUUACUGAAGUUCCUCAUCACUAAUUAUCACUUUGAUUUCCUCACGCUCAUCCAGUUCCUGACCAGCAGCACAGCGGUGCUCACUCUGGAGACCCUCAGGCGGCUGGGGAAGGUCCAGAUCCCCCCGUUCAGCAUGCAGCUCUCCAAGGAGUUUGCCUCGGUGUGCGUCCUCUCCACGCUGCAGUCCACUCUCACUCUGUGGUCUCUGCGCGGCCUCAGCCUGCCCAUGUACGUCGUGUUCAAGCGCUGCCUGCCGCUCUUCACGCUCAGCAUCGGCGUGUGCGUGCUCAGGAACGGGGUGCCGUCUAUCGGAGUGGUGGUCGCUGUGCUCAUCACCACCGGGGGAGCUGCACUGGCUGGUGCUGGCGAUCUCACAGGUGAUCCCUUUGGUUACAUCACCGGUGUUUUGGCGGUGAUCAUCCACGCCUCCUACUUGGUCCUGAUCCAGAAAACCAGUCUGGACAGCGAGUACGGACCACUUACUGCACAGUAUGCCAUCGCUGUCAUGGCCUCACCGGUGCUGCUGGUGUGCUCCUUCAUUUCUAUGGAUGCCAUCAAGAUGUGGUCAUACGAGGGCUGGAAGGACCCUCACAUCACCGUCAUCUUCGUCUUCUGCAUCUUCAUCGGCUGUGCCAUGAACUUCACCACGCUGCACUGCACCUACAUCAACUCGGCUGUCACCACCAGCUUCGUCGGUGUGGUCAAGAGCAUCGCCACAAUCACUGUUGGAAUGCUGGCCUUCAAUGACGUUGCGCCGACCAGACUGUUCAUCGGUGGCGUGGUGGUAAAUACCAUCGGCUCCAUCACCUACUGCGUGGUCAAAUACUACGAGACAAAGAAGAAGAGCUUGUACGAGGACCUGGAGGAGGCAGAGAAAGAUAACGGGCUCCCCGGGGAGCCUUACAGAGAGAAACCUCCACUGGACGGCAGCGGGUCUGCUGCAGGAUCUGAUCCAGAGCAACCGCAGACAGAAGUAGCGUUGAGCAGUGAUGGGACGGAGGAGGCAGCCACCACAGCCCAUUUGACUAAUGGACAGCUGUGGACGGGAGAAGGAGAAAAAGGUGUGAAUUCUUGUGUCAUGACAGAAAAAGAGGCGCUGGAGAUGCAGAGGGAGCACCUCCACAAGGAGAGCGCCACCCCUGGCCCUUCGCUCAGUGACAGCUAUGUCGGGGUGUGGCGGUCCAUCAAACAUCUGCAGUUCCUGAAGAAAGACCCUUUGAUCAAUAACAUGGAGCAGCAAAGUCCAUGAGGGCAGGACCGAGACCUGAACUAAAAAAAGAAAAAAAAAAAGAAAAAGGAAAUGAAUGACAUGCUGAGAAAACCACAGAAGAAGAAAUGACUGAACCUCUACUGUAUGUCCGCCAGGAACCUCUUGUUAGUGUCAGCAGUGCUUCAUGAAUGCUUGUUGGUCACGUUCACUGCUGUGGCUUCGAUUACCUUGAGGUUUCAUCACACAGGAGUCGUUUUUUUGUUCAUGAGUGAAGAGGUUUCUGGUGGAGAAAAGUGGAUGAAGAGCUUUGGGAGAAUCUGCCUGUCGAGAUAAAAUCCGCCUCUCGUCUCCCUCAGCUCUUUGGUGGGGUGGUGGAGGCCGGGCAGGCCGCGGCGUAGCAUGAUGCGGUUCGCAUCCCCGCUGAUUAGCCAGCUUGCCAAACCAAAGCGAGUCUUGCAGAAAAAGAGUGUAAACUUGUGUAAACUUGAAUAUUGCACCCAGUCAGGGAGGAGCUGAAUACGGCUAAAGUUUUCUGUUUUGCGUUUUAAUUGGGAAGAACUCUUGUUUCUGAUUGGCUGUGGGCAUGUGAGUGACUCCGUGGCUGUGUGAGUUUGUCCAAGUCAAACACUGCAGGUCUGUCACGUUACUGUUGGUUUACUGUUUCUGUGUUUACUUUAACAACUUUACCUGAAAAUAAUAAUCAUGUCAUUUCA